ACAUCAUAUUCCUCCGUUAGACCGGGGCACAUACAUUCCAUCACUCUCUACCUACCUAUCUACCUACCGGUGUCUAUCUGCCUACCUACCUACCGGUGUCUCUCUACCUACCUAUCUACCUACCUACCUACCUACCGGUGUCUAUCUGCCUACCUACCUACCGGUGUCUAUCUGCCUACGGAGAGUUACAGGUAUGCUUCUUACCACGAGUGUGUUCCAGCUCGCGCUCUUCUGCCUUCUUAUAAGUAACUGUCAAGCUGCCAAGAACAGUGCCACGGAAAAGUUAAACGCUCAGUUGAUCAGUACGGUCCAGGAUACACCGAGUAGUAAUGUAUCAAUGAAUCAAGCACGCAACGGAGGAAGGCGUUUGACCAGCGCUGCGCGGAAAGAGCAGGGUCAGGCACAGAGCCAGGUGGGCUGCAGAGAGCUGCGUUCCACCAAGUACAUCUCAGAUGGUCAGUGCACCAGCCUGAACCCGAUCAAGGAGCUGGUUUGUGCUGGGGAGUGUCUUCCCUCCCACCUGCUGCCCAACUGGAUCGGCUCCGGUCCCGGGCACACCGGGAAGUUCUGGAGCCGCAGGGAGGCCCAGGAGUGGCGCUGCGUCAUCGACCGGACCCGGACCCAGCGCAUCAACCUGCAGUGUCAGGACGGAAGCUCCAGGACCUAUAAGAUCACUGUGGUUACCUCCUGCAAGUGUAAACGCUACUCCAGGCAGAACAAUGACUCUGGGAAUGGGAAGUCAGAGCUGGAGGUCAGGCAGGCCCAGGGCCAGGGCUCCACACUCCAGGGGCCCAAGAGGAGGAAGGGAAAGGAAGGGAAGAAUGGACGUUCUGGGCAAGAGGAUUGGGCAGAAGAACAGCCUAAAAAAUACUGAACUGAGCCCUCUGGUCAGGGGGGCUCUGUACACCUCUGAGGGGUUGGAAGGUCUCUCUGUGCCCCCACUUCAGAAACAACACCAACAGACACUAGUUUUGUUUAGAAGGCACCAAUGUGUUUGCUGUUUUUAAUGCAGCUAUAUUGAGAAGGCUAUGGAAUGAUUCAUCAGACAAUGCAACUGGUUUGCCAAAUAUUGACCACUGUGGAUGUGUUUGUGAAUGUAUGCAUUUUUGUAUGAUAGAAUGAGACUAGUUCAAAUCGCACAAGAACCGCAUUUGACAGCUAAAAUGAGGAGUUCUCUCAACAGAUGAAUAUGUUGUCCAAAUCAUAAUGUUUAGAUUAACAGAAAAAGCCAGAGUAUGUAUAUAAAUAGUGAUUCUAUACUCUGGGUUACUUUUUAAUGUAUGUAGAGGAUAGCUAUGACAAUGUAAUAUAUUUUUGUAUGGGGAUAGCUGAACUAAAUAUAAAUAAGUUCAUGUUUUUAUAUAUUUGCUAGAUUCCAUGUAAUCACUUUCAGGACAAAUUGUAUCUAAACUUAUUUGCCUUGGAUAAUGAAAUAAAUAGUGUCUACUAUGAUUAGAUCACUGGUUGAAUAUAAAAAAUGAAAUUUCUUUAAUAAUUAGUAUAAUAUAUUUUUGACUUGUCAAUAAAUUGUGGUUUAAUCAUUAGUAAUUAAAUGCUUUGAGCACAAGGCCACAGACAUAGGAGCUAUAACUUCACAGGAAACAGGAAGUCAGUAACAACAGAAGCAUUAGCCAGUAAUAAAAUGUUAUAUUGAGUCUAAUACAAGCUCUACUCUCUACAGGAAUCCCCUCUCCUCCAAGCUAUUGGACCUGUUCCAGUCAGCGGCUACAUGUUAACAUAAAUGGUUGUAUCAGAUAUCCCUUCAUUGUAUCAUCGUGAAAGCUAUGUAUUUGGUACUUGCAGUGCAAGUACCAAAUACAAGCCUUGUAUUAUUGUGUCAA